CUCUCUCUCUCUCACACACACACGGGGGAAAACAAGGGAUUUUUAACAUGGAGAGGAAAGUAGCUCGAGAAUUUCGCCAUAAGGUUGAGUUGCUGAUUGAUAAUGAGGCAGAAAAGGAUUACCUGUAUGAUGUUCUGCGCAUGUAUCAUAAGUCUAUGGACCUGACUGUCCUGGUGGGGGAUUUGAAGCUGGUGAUUAACGAACCGAACCGCCUGCCCCUGUUUGAUGCCAUCCGGCCGCUUAUCCCUCUCAAACACCAGGUGGAGUAUGACAACCUUACACCAAAGAGAUCCAGGAAGCUAAAGGAAGUGCGCUUGGACCGCACGCACCCUGAAGGCUUGGGUCUGAGUGUACGAGGUGGCCUAGAGUUUGGCUGUGGACUCUUCAUCUCACAGAUUGUAAAGGAUGGACAGGCUGGAACUGUGGGCCUGCAGCUGGGGGAUGAGAUUGUGCGCAUCAAUGGCUAUUCAAUUUCAUCAUGCAUCCAUGAAGAGGUUGUCAGCCUUAUCAAGACUAAGAAGACUGUGUCACUUAAAGUCCGACAUGUGGGAAUGAUUCCAGUAAAGAGUUCCGCUGAUGAACCUCUUAAAUGGCAAUUUGUGGAUCAGUUUGUGUCUGAAUCAGGGGAGAAGAAGAGCAGUGUUGCUGGCCUGGCCUCCAUCGGAGGAAAUGAGAUCAAGGAGAAAAAGGUGUUCCUCAGCCUGGUUGGCACCAAAGGCAUGGGCAUCAGUAUCUCGAGUGGACCAACUCAAAAGCCAGGCAUUUAUAUCAGCAAUGUAAAGCCUGGCUCUCUGUCUGCAGAAGUGGGCCUUCAGGUUGGUGACCAGAUUGUCGAGGUCAAUGGGGUGGAGUUCAGUAAUGUGGACCACAAGGAGGCAGUUCGAGUACUGAAGAGCAGCAGGAGUCUAACUAUCACAGUCCUCACUGGAGCUGGCAAAGAGUUGUUCAUGACAGAUGAGGAGAAGCUGGCAGUAGAAGCUCGGCGAGAGAUUGAGCGCCAGGAGCUCAUGCAACAGAAAAGAGUGGCAAUGGAGACCAACAAAAUCAUGAAAGAGCAGCAGGAGAAAGAGCGUCUGAGAAGAAUGGAGAUUUCGCAAAAGGCUGCAGAGGAAGAGGAACGAUACAGAAAUGAGAUGGAAAAGAUUGAGGCUGAAGAGAAAAAGCAUAACAGACAAUGGGAGGAAGACUGGGGUUCCAGAGAGAAGUCCAAAAGUCCAUCUCCUGUCCCUUCUCCUUCACCUCCAUCACGUUCUCCAACUCCUUCGAAACCCAGGAGCUCAGUCCUGACCUGUACAGCUGCUGAAGCUAACACUGAUGAAGAUGAAGAAAUAGAGGGCAGAGAAGGCUUCCAGAAAUAUGUGGAUGACUUCGAUCCCUAUUCAAUGUUCACCCCUGAGCAGAUAGAGGGAAAAGAUGUGCGGCUGUUGAGAAUUAAGAAGGAGGGCCCACUGGAUCUCGCUGUGGAAGGGGGAAUAGACUCUCCACUGGGAAAACUUGUGGUUUCAACUGUUUAUCAAGGAGGCUCAGCUGAUAAGCAUGGUGGAGUGGUGGCCGGUGAUGAGAUUAUGGCAGUAAAUGGAAAAAUCCUGACAGAUGUGACCCUGACUGAAGGGCAGAACUCUCUAGCUCGGGCCUGGAACAGUGGAGGGGACUGGAUUGACCUUGUGAUAGCAGUUUCUGCACCAAAGGAAUAUGAAGAUGAAGUGACAUUCUUCUAAGAUCCAACCUCCAGGAGAUUCUUUGAAAAUCCUUUCUCCUUUACAGAACUUUUUUACCCCAAGUAAUUUUGUAAAACGUAAAUAUGUAUUCAUAAAAUAAAGCCACCUUGAAUGCUUAUAAAAAUGAAACAAAUAUAUACUAAUUAAGAAAUCAUGGCAUGAAACAUACUUGAUCUUUUUUUCCAUAACUAGUCAUGCAAACUCAAGAGCAUUUCUAAGGCCAAUAAAAUAUGUAUGUCUUAUGAUUGUGGUUUAUCUGUCUGUUGUGUUGAAACACCUGGUUAAAGGGGCUGGAAAAGGCCUCAGAGACUUGCAUAGAAUGUGAUGUGGAAGAUGUUUCCUGUGCUUGGUGUGAGCUAUGUCCUGUGUCAGUAACUCACUCCACGUCACUGAACUUGAGUAACUCUGAAUUUCUGAAACCAGUUUUGUCUGAAACAGAGCCCGCUCUGUCAGAUUUUUUUCUUUAUUAGACAAUACUCAUCCUCAUACUUUCUUCAGUACAUUUUAGGGGGCUGAGAUGAAUAGUAGGAAGGCUACAACAAGCACAAAUAUGGUAGGUAGCAUUGCAGUGCACCUUAGCUGAGAUUUAUCAUACUUUAAGGAUUAUAUUGAUAAUACCUUAUCACAGCCACACCAUCACAGGGCGAGAGCAGA